AUCCCAAAAUUACAAUGGAUUUAUUCAAAUUAGAGCGCCCAGCCGAGCGGUUCACGAGUGAAAUUAUGUUCGAAAUUGGAUUUUGCGGGCACUCUGCUGUUGGGUCAUCCGGAUUUUCUCCUGCAAACUCAUUUCGGGCGAUUCGCUCUCUGUCGCCGGUCUGUUCAUCGAUCUCUACCUCACCGAUUUGUCAUUCACUCGAAUUCCACACAGUAUUCACAUGAGUUUAUCAGGUGCAACGCCAUCUAUUAAUCUAGCUCGAAAUUCUGUUCUCUGGAAGAUUUUCUGUUACCCAGUAGCCAUCAAUCUUCCAUCAAAUGUUGUACCAGUGAAUCACCAGAUAUCUGUUAUAAAGCAUGAUUCAUCAGUUUCCCCUAUCAGUAUCCUUAAUAGAACAAGUCAUUCUCUUCCCCUACUUUUCAUGGCUGACGAGGGUAGAAACUCCAACUUUGGUUGGUGCUACAAGUCUAAAUGUUCCUUAGAUUCAUUGGAGAAGCGCGUUUAUUACAGAGAGAUAAGCGAUGAUGAUUGUCCACAAAAUCUGGGUAAAGAAAAUGAUAAGGAAAGCCAGAGACGAAGGAGGAUAGGACUAGCAAAUAAAGGGAAUGUGCCAUGGAACAAGGGCAAGAAACAUAACAUGGAAACUCGUGAGCGAAUCAAGCAGAGAACAAUUGAAGCCUUGAGAGACCCCAAGGUCAGGAGGAAGAUGUCCGAGUAUCCUCGCACUCAUAGUGAUCAGGUCAAGGUUAAAAUUAGCUCUUCGCUCAGACGUGUUUGGGGAAAGAGGUUGAUGAAGAAGAGAUUAAAUGAGACAUUCUUUCUGUCGUGGAGGGAAAGCAUAGCCGUUGCAGCGAAGAAAGGAGGUAAAGAAGCAGAGGAACUCGACUGGGACAGCUACCAGAAGAUAAAACAAGAAAUGCUUCGCCAAAAGCUUCAACGGGCUGCAGAGAAGGCAAACUUAAAAGAGACGAGAGCAGAGAAUGCAAAAAAGAGAAAAGUCGAACGGAGGAUUCGGAAGGAAGAAAAAGGGGAUGGCAAUGGGAAAUUAAAGAGAAUGAAAAUGUGUUCUAAAGGAAGAAAUGGGCGGAAAAGAAAGGCAAAAGAGGGAGAAGACAUCCAGAGAGAGAUGAAGAAACUGACUGCCAUUGAAAGAUCAAGACUUAAGCAGAGAUUGAAAAGGAUUCGCAAAAAGAUUUCAAUAAAUGGUGCGGUCGCUGCUCGAGGAAGCAUAGCAUCAGUAAUACCCCAAAACACAUCUUGGGAAAAACUGGAUCUUGAUCUUAUAAAGAAAGGUCAAAUGAGGAAAGGAGUAUCCCUGGCAGAGCAGAUUCAAGUUGCCAAAAGUAGAAAAGCAGAAUCCAUAGCCUGCAAAGUUCUUUUAGCCUCUACUUCGACCUACCAAUGCACUGGAAGAGCGGAAAAGUAACCACCGACUGAACUUCACUCGCAAGAAGUUUGCAAAUAUUCGGUGUCUGAAGGUGACUUUCCUCCCAUUCAAGAUUCUUGGAACAUUUAGAUACAUCGGAGUCACAGAUGCUUGUUCUGUUCUUCAUGGUAAAACAGUUUGAGAAACCUCUACAACUCGAGAGUUUUUGAAACUUGAAAACAAGGUAGUAAAAAGAGAUGAAAAAGGUUCUACUUUUGGCUGUAGUCUGUGUUCUGUGUUCUGAUGACUCCCAUUUUAUGCCUUUUGCUCUAUCUGUUCCAUAAUUGUGUGGUGGGUUUAUGCAAAGAUACUAAAUACCUUGAUGCAAUUCUGAAGUCAAGUUGUUAUAUUUAGGACCAAA